ACAGAGAGUUUCUCUAUGAGGACUGGUCUCCCUGGUACCAAGAGCUGCUCAGCAGUGAGGAAGCAGUCACAUACUCCUGUGCUGUCAAAGGCUACGAGCAUCUCAGAGCCCCUGAAGUCUCUGUGGAGUCCAUCACACAAACAUGCUUCAGUGUGACUUAUGCUUAUGGAAACAUGUCUUCCCACAAUCAGACAUUAGUGAAUGAGUCAUGCUCCAUCACAUAUCCCAGAGAGGUUCAUGUUCAAAGAGCUUCUUCCACAUCAGGGUUUGUCACACUGACCUGUAACACCAGCUGUAACCUGACUGACCAUCAAACUGCCAACAUGUGUUACCACAACAAAAGAAACUAUUAUGAGAAUCAAGAUUAUUCCACUCAUAACUCUUCAACUGGCACAUUGUCUUGUGCAGUUAAAGACCACAAAUAUCUUCUAUCUAAGGAAGUUUGUGUUCAGGAUAAAAACUGCUGGAGAGUGAAUUAUGUCAGCAGAAGAAUCUGUGCUCUGGAAGGAUCUUCAGUCAACAUCACAUGUGAAUACUCACAUCCUGAUAACAUGAAGCCAGAGUUUAAAUGUUGGAGUAAAAAAUGGAGAAAAGAUAAAGUGGAAGUUGAAGAGCUGCUUCGGGCUGCAGGUCGUGUGAAGUAUCAGGACAACAUGAAGAACCAACACAUCCUGACCAUCAACAACCUGAAGAAGAAUGACUCAGGAGGAUACACAUUCAGAUUCAAGAGAGAUCAUAAAAGAUGGACCCAGUCUGAUCUGCCUGGAGUCUUUUUGAUUGUCACAGGUAAAUCUAAACUCCUUAUUCAACAGACUUUACUCAUUAAUGUCUGAACAGGAGCAGGAGGUGGAAGAAAUAUUCCGAUUUAAG